ACGUUGGAUUCUCGACGCGAACGCGACGAUCGCUCAAAGCAAACAUACAUAUAUAUACAUAACCCGUACCUGAAAACUGAUUUCAAUUUCCCGCGUUUCCCCUGCUCGCAAUUCGUGUUCGUGUCUGCGUCUGUGUGAGUGAGUGAGUGUGCUUAGCUCUCUCUCUUUGAUAAGUUCGUGAAUAUUCUCGAGUCAGUUGACCAACGACACAGUUCACAUACUAUUUUCCUGACCUUUGUCAAGUGUCUGAGCGCCAAUCGAUAUGAGGGAAAUUGUGCAUCUACAAGUGGGCCAAUGUGGCAAUCAAAUUGGUUCAAAGUUCUGGGAAAUUAUCUCAGAUGAGCAUGGCAUCGAUCCCAAUGGCUAUUAUCACGGCGAAUCGAACCUGCAACGCGAACGCAUCGAUGUCUACUAUAAUGAGGCAAGCAGCGGCAGGUAUGUGCCCCGUGCUGUGCUCAUCGAUCUGGAGCCGGGCACCAUGGACUCGGUGCGUCAAUCACCAAUGGGUCAACUGUUCAGGCCUGACAACUUUGUCUUCGGACAAUCGGGAGCGGGCAACAACUGGGCCAAGGGUCACUACACAGAGGGCGCCGAACUGAUUGAUUCCGUAUUGGAAGUGAUACGCAGGGAAUCCGAGGGCUGUGAUUGUCUGCAGGGCUUUCAACUGGCUCACUCGCUGGGCGGCGGCACCGGUUCUGGUUUGGGCACACUAUUGAUUUCGAAGAUACGCGAGGAGUAUCCGGAUCGUAUCAUGAAUACCUUCUCAGUGGUGCCCUCACCCAAGGUAUCCGAUACCGUUGUGGAGCCGUACAAUGCAACGCUCUCCAUCCAUCAGCUGGUGGAGAACACCGAUGAGACCUUCUGCAUUGACAAUGAGGCGCUUUAUGACAUUUGCUUCCGCACGCUGAAGUUAUCGUCGCCCACCUAUGGCGAUCUGAAUCAUCUGGUUUCCGUCACAAUGUCUGGAGUUACCACUUGCCUGCGGUUCCCGGGUCAGCUCAAUGCUGAUCUCCGUAAGUUGGCCGUCAAUAUGGUGCCCUUCCCGCGCCUCCACUUCUUCAUGCCCGGCUUUGCCCCACUGACCGCCAAGGGAUCGCAACAAUAUCGUGCUCUGACGGUCGCCGAGUUGACCCAACAGAUGUUUGAUGCGAAGAACAUGAUGACAGCUUGUGAUCCCAGGCAUGGA